ACGGACCUGGCAUGCACAGCUUUCGCGUUUGUUUUAUUUAUAUGGAUUAUUGUUAUUAUUUAAAAUAGACUGUUUCUUUUUUUUAAAAAAACAAGGAUAUCAAAACACAAAAGGACAGCAAACAUGACAAUCAAACACUGUGACUAUAGCCAGCAGUAUCGGCCUCGAAUGGCUUUUACUAAAAAGGUUGAAGCACUGGUUUUGGAAAUGCAGGAUCCUGACACAGGAGUGAAGACACAGACUCAGAGGCUGGUUAUCACCACAAUUCCUCAUGCCAUGACUGGCCACGAUGUACUGGAAUGGAUUAUAAAUCGGUUACAGAUUUUGGAUGAAGAGGCUCAGAAUAUUGGUAAUUUGGUGGUCCAGUAUGGUUACAUCUAUCCCCUACAGGAACCAAAGAACCUCACUCUCAGACCGGAUGGCAGCUUGUACCGUUUCCAGACACCUUACUUUUGGCCCACCCAGCAGUGGCCAGCAGAAGAGACAGAUUAUGCAAUUUACCUUGCAAAGAAAAACAUACGAAAAAAGGGGGUGCUGGAAGACUAUGAAAAGGAAAACUACAAUAUACUUAAUAUAAGAAUAAAUUACAAGUGGGAUUUUGUCAUAAUGCAGGCUAAAGAGCAACACAGGGCAGGAAAGGAGCGGAAGAAGGCUGACAGAGUGGUCUUUGAGUUUCAGGAGAGAGCCUAUUGGCUAGUCCACAGACCACCACCGGGAGCUCCAAAUAUCAUCGAUUACGGCCUGGACCGCUUCUCAGAUCCCAAUGAAAGUCAGGUAACACAGAAAAAAACGUUUGACGUGUACAGAAGAGAGAUUAUCUUCAACCAGCACUCACUGAUGAAGUCAAGGGUCAAGUCUUCGGUCUCCCUAGGAGGGAUUGUCAAGUACUGUGAACAGUAUUUCAACCACGACCCCAUCAUGACAGGCUGUUUACCUAGCAACCCUUGGCUUACUGAUGACACACAGUUCUGGGACUUGAAUGCUCCCUUGUCGGAGGUCCCCACGAAACUGCGUGUGGAGCGCUGGACCUUCAGCUUCAGGGAGCUGCUCAGCGACCCCCGAGGCCGGCAGGACUUCCAGCUCUUCUUGCGGAAGGAAUUCAGCGGUGAGAAUUUGGCAUUCUGGGAAGCCUGUGAAGAUUUAAAGUACGGCGACCAGUCAAAGGUGAAAGAAAAAGCCGAAGAAGUGUACAAGACCUUUCUGGCUCCUGGGGCCAGGCGUUGGAUUAACAUCGAUGGGAAGACCAUGGACAUCACAGUGAAGGGUCUCAAGCAUCCUCACCGCUACGUGCUAGACGCCGCCCAGUCGCACAUCUACAUGCUCAUGAAGAAGGAUUCCUUCGGUCGUUAUUUGAAGUCCCCUAUAUUUAAAGAAAUCUUGAAUAAGGCCAUCCUUCCUGAGCCGACCAAGAUCAGUGAGAGCAAGUUCCCAUUCCACAAACGGCACCGCAGGUCCAGUCCGAGCCCGGUCAUCCUGAGACAGCUGGAACAGGAGGCCAGAGCCAAGGCAGCCGCCACAGGACCAGUCGACAUCACCCAGCUGUGCAAGUUCACCGCCCCUAUUCCUCAUCUUACCGUGUAUACUGGUUUCUGUGAGCCGACUUCCCCGACUGGCACCACUUUGUGUGACUUCCCUCCCCCAUCUCCUGGCCUCAUGACCCUGCCAAACAGCACCGCCUGCCCCUCGCCCAUCUGCAUGGCCAUCGAAAGCACCCCUGCCUCGGAGAGGAAGUUUGAACCUAGCUCCAUCUCGACUCAGUUCCUCUCCAUCGCCGAGAGCACAGAGGUAUCGGUCAGCUCGGAUUCCAGCUCGGCUGCGGUGGAGGAAACGAAGCAGCCCUCGCACAAAUCGCGCGUGGCUCUCUCCUUUAACCGUUUCCUGAAACGCAGCUGUUCCAACUCUCCCAUCUUCGCCACACUCUCAACCAAGUGCCCAGUAGUCAACAGCGGCAGAGUGCAGUCUCUGAAUGGUCAGCCACAUCACCAGCCUCAACAUCAUCAAGGGCAACUAAAACCAAAGAAGACUAACAACUUCUUUCAGAUCAAAGUGGACAUCCCGUCCGAGUGCAGAAUCUACCCCAUUGACUCUGGGAACGAGGAGGAAGAGGACUGCCCCAAUUCUGUGAAGAACAACACUGUGAAAGAGGUGAUCUGUCCCUGGGAGACCAUCGCAGAGGAAGGCAAGGCUGACUGA